CACCCGGCCAGCUCACUCGCCGCCCGCGGACUGGCCACACGGAACCGUCUCCGCCCGCUCCCCGCCCCCGCAGCGGCCGGGCUGGAGUCGGAGCCGCGCCCCGCAGUUCCCGGCCGCGAGGACGGGCGCAGCUCGUGCCCGGAGCCCGGAGCCGACUCGGAGAGCGCGGCGCCGGUCGGGAGGAGCCGGAGUGCGGCCGGGCGGGACAGUGGGGGCGCCGGCCUGCCCCGCGCGCCCCAGGCAGCGGCAGGAAUGUGACAGUCGCGCGCCCGCGUUCCGGAGCACUCCUCGCUCGGCUCCUAGGGCUCUCGCCCCUCCGAUCUGAGCCGGGUUCCGCCAGGGGCUGGGAUCCUCUCACCCCCGACAGCCACCGGUCCACGUAGGAGGAAGAUGCAGCAUCGGGGGACUAGGUAGAUGCUCCCGCUGAAGAUGGUGAUUCCCUCCUGAGAAGCUGGACUCCUUGGUAAAAGUCAAGGCCUUCUCCAAGGAGAAUAUGAAAGUGUUACUCAGACUUACUUGUUUCAUAGCUCUCCUGAUUUCUUCUCUGGAGGCUGAUAAAUGCAAGGAACGUGAAGGAAAAAUAAUUUUAGUUUCAUCUGCAAAUGAAAUUGAUGUUCGUGCCUGUCCUCUUAACCCAAAUGAAAACAAAGGUACCAUAACGUGGUAUAAAAAUGACAGCAAGACACCUAUAUCUACAGAACAAGCCUCCAGGAUUCAUCAGCACAGAGAGAAACUCUGGUUUGUUCCUGCUAAGGUAGAGGAUUCAGGACAUUACCAUUGUGUGGUAAGAAAUUCAUCUCACUGCCUCAAAAUUAAAAUAACUGCAAAAUUUGUGGAGAAUGAGCCUAACUUGUGUUAUAAUGCACAAGCCAUAUUUACGCAGAAACUACUCAUUGGAGGAGAUGGAGCACUUGUCUGCCCUUAUCUAGAGUUUUUUAAAGAUGAAAAUAAUGAGUUACCUAAAAUGCAAUGGUAUAAGGAUUGCAAACCUCUACUUCUUGACACUAUACAUUUUAGUGGAGUCAAAGAUAGGCUCAUCAUGAUGAAUGUGACUGAAAAGCAUAGAGGGAACUAUACCUGUCAUGCAUCCUACGCAUACUUGGGCAAGCAAUAUCCUAUUACCCGAGUAAUAGAAUUUAUUACUCUAGAGGAAAACAAACCCACGAGGCCUGUGAUUGUGAGCCCAGCCAACGAGACAAUGGCAGUAGACUUGGGAUCCCACAUACAAUUGAUCUGUAAUGUCACUGGCCAGUUGAGCGACGUUGCUUACUGGAAGUGGAAUGGGUCAUUAAUUGAUGAAGAUGACCCAGUGCUGGGGGAAGACUACUACAGUGUGGAAAAUCCUGCAAACAAAAAAAAGAGUACCCUCAUCACAGUGCUUAAUAUAUCGGAAAUCGAAAGUAGAUUUUAUGAACAUCCAUUUACCUGUUUUGCCAAGAAUACACAUGGUGUAGAUGCAGCUUAUAUUCAGUUAAUAUAUCCAGUCCCUAAUUUCCAGAAGCACAUGAUUGGUAUAUGUGUCAUGUUGACAGUCAUAAUUAUGUGUUCCGUUUUCAUCUAUAAAAUCUUCAAGAUUGAUAUUGUGCUUUGGUACAGGGAUUCCUGCUAUGUUUUUCUUCCAGUAAAAGCUUCAGACGGAAAGACCUAUGAUGCAUAUAUACUGUAUCCAAAGACCACUGGGGAAGGGUCUACCUCUGACUGUGAUAUUUUUGUGUUUAAAGUCUUGCCUGAGGUCUUGGAAAAGCAGUGUGGAUAUAAGCUGUUCAUUUAUGGAAGGGAUGACUAUGUUGGGGAAGAUAUUGUUGAGGUCAUUAAUGAAAACAUAAAGAAAAGCAGAAGACUGAUUAUCAUUUUAGUAAGAGAAGUAUCAGGCUUCAGCUGGCUGGAUGGUUCAUCUGAAGAGCAAAUAGCCAUGUAUAAUGCUCUUGUUCAGGAUGGAAUUAAAGUUGUCCUGCUUGAGCUGGAGAAAAUCCAAGACUAUGAGAAAAUGCCAGAAUCUAUUAAAUUCAUUAAACAGAAACAUGGGGCUAUCCGCUGGUCAGGGGACUUUACACAGGGACCACAGUCUGCAAAGACAAGGUUCUGGAAGAACGUCAGAUACCACAUGCCAGUCCAGCGACGGUCGCCUUUAUCCAAACACCAGUUACUGUCACCAUCUACUAAGGAGAAACUUCAGAGGGAGGCUCACAUGCCUCUUGGGUAGCAUGGAGAAGUUGCCAAGAGUUCUUUGGGUGCCUCCUGUCUUACGGCAUUGCAGGCCAGGCUGUGCCUCAUACUGACUUGUAGAGUUUAUGGAAUGUAACUGUAUCUUCCUUUAUCUCUGAGGUCACCUUUAAUCAGAUUGUUAAGGGACUAAGCCAUGGCAUCAAUGGUAGGCCAGGGCACUUCGAAGUAGAGGGCUUGGGAAGAUCUUUUAAAAAGGUAGUAGGCCGGGCAUGGUGGCUCACGCCUGUAAUCCCAACACUCUGGGAGGCUGAGGUGGAUGGAGCACCUAAGGUCAGGAUUUCAAGACCAGCCCAGCUAACAUGGCAAAACUCCGUCUCUACUAAAAAUACAAAAAUUAGCUGGGCAUUGUGGUGCACGCCUGUAAUCCCAGCUACACGGGAGGCAGAGGCAGGAGAAUUGCUUGAAACCGAGAGAGGGAGGUUGCAGUGAGCAGAGUUCAUGCUACUGCACUCCAGCCUGGGCAACAGAGCAAGAUGCUGUCCCUCUGCCCCCACAAAAAAGCAGUAAAUGCCUUUUCUGAAUGUUUGAACUGCCGAGAAAAGGCAUGGAGACAGCAAACUAGAGGAAAGAGCAUGCAGGAAAUGGCCGCCAUCUAUAGAUGGCUUUGUUAAGUCAUCCACAGCCCAAGGGCGGGGCUGUGACUUGUCUGGGGACCCUGUAGAGUCACUGGCCCUGGAGUGGCUCUCCUGAGCAGCACAGCAGGCGCAGUGAGAUUGACACCUCACUGAGGAAGGGAGACGUAUUCUUGGAGAACGUUCCAUUUGCUUGCAUUUUCCACACACAUCUCCAGCCAGAAGUUAGUUUCCAAAGACCGAAUUUUAUUGUACAGAUCUUGAAAACUGUCACUUCAGUGAAAAAAGAGAUUCUCCAGUAUUUCAAGGAUUUGAAGUUAUCUUCGCUUUCCGCAGAAGAGAGAAAACUUUAAAAAGCAACGGUAGCAGGGAAUUGAUCCACUUCUUCAUGCUUUCCUCCCUGGCAUGACCAUCCUGUCCUUCGUUAUUAUUCUACAUUUUACGUCUUUGGAGGGACAGCUCCCUGGUGGCUUCCUUUCUCUUCAUUGUCCCUGGCACAGCUAAUGCAUGAACCAUCCUUCCUGGGAUGCUGCUCUUCUGUCAUCCCGCUCCUGCUGAAACACCUCCUGGUGGCUCCACCUGUUCAGGAGCUGAAGUCCAUGUUCUCCUACCAGCUUCUCUCUCUCCAGCCAGACUCCCUGCUCUGUCUGCCAGCCUCCCCUCACUGUCCCGCUGUGUGAAUUCCCAGGUUGGCCUCGUGGUCAUGGCACCUGCCCCCAGCACUCUUCUGUCUUUGCUCUUGCCUGGCCCCUUCUUCCUCCUCUGCCUAGAAGGACUUCUCGCAUUUUCUCUAGCUGAUCAGAAUUUUACUGAAAUUCAGAACAUCCCCCAAUUCCACAGUUCCCAGGAGACUUUCCCUAAAAGGCAACUUUCUCUCCAGUCCUCUCUUUCCAGUCAGGUCCAUGGCAGUGAUGGCUGUGAGCAUGUCAUGGAGGCUGGUCUCUCUCCAGUUGGAAUCACUGCCCUCUGUGGGAGAGGCUGUGGGUGGCUGUCUCUGUCCCCCACUGCCUUCCAGGAGCAAUUUGCACAAGUAACAUAGAUUUAUAUAGUGCUUUAUUGUUAAAAAAAAAUCCCCAAUUAUCUUAAUUUUUGCAAUUAUUCUAAUUUUAUAUAGAGAGAAAGUGACCUAGUUUUUUUUUUUUUUUUAUCACAUUCUAAGUUCCAUUGAACCCAGGACUUGAGCCUCCAUUUCUGGCUUUUAGUCUGGUGUUCUAAGUACUUGACUUCAGGUCAGUAACUGUCCCCCUCACUCUACACUGGCACUUUUGUGAGAAGAAAUGACAUUUUGCUAGGAAGUGACCCAGUGUAGGAAUGCUUUCAUUUAAGACACCAGAUUCCAAACUUCUGAAUGUUGACAUUUUCAAAAAUUAUGUUUAGAUUUUACAAAAAUUUCUUCUACUUUCAUAUGUUCUUUCCCUAAAGGCAAACAUUUCUUCAUCCAUUGAAAAUGAAAGCACUUCUUUUUGGUUAUACACACACACACAUGCACACACACACACACACACACACACACACACACACAUAUAUUAAAUGGGAUGACAGGCCUCAGAAGAAUUGGAGAAACCCUGGAAAGUCACAAAGCUAAAUUUGUAUGCCAAUGAUUGCAGGACACAAGCACAGUUUUACUAGUUGUAUGAAUAUGGACAGGCCUUCUGGUGUUUAUAUUUCUGGUAUUUAAUAUGAGUGAACACAAAUUUUAUUUGGAAUAAUCAUUUUCCUCCUAAACAAAAAGACCCUGAGUUUAAGUCUCUGACUCUUGCCUUUCUACUUGCUUUCUCCUGGGUGCACUCUGCGAACUCGAAGGAACAAUGUUUCUCUGAAGCUGCUGUUCCAGCAGACAGAGCCUAGCUUUCAUUUGGCACACAGACUAUAGCCAGAAGCCCAUGGAGCAGGGAUGCCAUGUCCUGAAAAGCCUAUUAGAUGCUUUACAAAUUUAAUUUUGCAGAUUAUUUUAGUCUGUCAUCUAGAAAAUGUAUCAGCAUGCAUAGUGCCAAGAAAGCAAGCCAAUUUAGAAACUUCGAUUAGUGACAAAAUUGGCCAGAGAGUGGGAGUGGUGAGGACCAAGAAUUACAAGUAGCAUGGCACCUGGAACUUAAGGAGAGACAAGAAUCAAUGGGUAAAACUGGGUGGAGGAGGGGCCAAACAGAAAAGUGCAAAGUCAUUCCCCAUCUUCCAAGGAUUGGAUUCUGGAGGAAGAAGCAUCAUUCCUAGUUCCCCCUGGACUUCUUUGACUUGCUGUCCCCCACCAAAAACAAAACAAAACAAAAAAUCUUUAAUGCCUUCCACAUUAAUUAGAUUUUCUUGCAUUUUAUGGCAGUUUUUUUAAGAGAGCUUAAGUGCUGAAGAAGAGUUUGCAAAUGCAACAAAAUAUUUAAUUACCAGUUGUUAAAACUGGUAUAGCACAAUUUAUAUUUUCCCUCUCUUGCCUUUCUAUUUACAACAUAACAAAAGGUAUUGAGCCAUAUUUUAAAUGACAUUUUUGAUAAAUUAUACUUGUAAUGGUUAAUGAUGAAGGAGUUUUUAAAAAUCUGUUUAUAUAAUUUUGCCGCAGAAGCCAAUUUUUUAUAUAUUAAAACAUCAAAUUCAUGUACAGCAUGCAUCAUGGAUCAAUUGACUGUACUUGUUUUCCAAUAACAAUUUCAAACUUUGUAAUG